AUGGAGAAUGAAUGUAACUGGGAGCAAAACACACUCAUUAACGAACUAAUUCAGGGGAUGGAUGUGGCGAAGAGAUUGAAGGAAGAGUUGAGAACACCAUAUUCCCCUAACACAAGGGAUUCGCAGGUGCAGAUGAUACUAUCUUCUUACGAAAAGGCUCUGCGAAUUCUAAGAUGUAAUGAAUCAACUUCAAAGUCGCAGACUGUGACUCCAGUCAUUACUUCAUUACCUCAGUCCCCGGUGUCUACCAAUGGGAGUCCGCUGAGCGAGGAUUUUGAUGCGACCUUUCAAGAUCGCAAAGAAGUUAAAAACAAAUCGAAGAAAAGAAAGGUUAUGCCCAAAUGUAUUGAUCAGAUAAGAGUGAGCUGCGAAAGUGGCUAUGAAGGACCACACGAAGACGGCUUCAACUGGAGAAAGUAUGGUCAGAAAGAUAUCCUUAGUGCCAAACAUCCAAGAAGCUACUAUCGGUGCACCUUCCGCAACACACAAAACUGCUGGGCGACAAAGCAAGUGCAGAGAUCAGACGAAGAUCCGACAAUAUUUGACAUAACUUACCGAGGAAAACAUACCUGUUCUCAGGGAAACAAUGCCAUUGUACCAUAUAAGCCACAAGACAUUAAAAAACAAGAGAAACCACACAGUCAAAUUAACGAUAUUCACCAUGGACAACAAUCACAAGAAUGCUUUACAAACUUCAGCAACACCUUGACUGUGCAAACGGAUAACCUGGGAAACAAAGAAAUGACACGUCCUUUCACCUUCCCUUCCACUUCAUUUGGAUACACGGCGCAAGAAAACCAAAGUUGGGUUCCUUCGACCUUAGAGAACGAUUCUUUCUUGAGCAGCCUGUUCCAAACACACUUGUUAUCUCCAACAACACCAGAAUCAAACUAUUUCUCAUCUCCAAGUUUCCACAUGAACAAUUUUGAUGGGUUCUAUAACAUGCCUCGUUCAGAAUCCGAUAUUCCGGAUAUCAUUUCCACCAACACGUCAGUCACAAAUUCUCCAAUUCCCAAUUUUCAUUUUCCACUUGAUCCAGUGGAAAUUGAUCCAAAUUUCCCUUUCAAUACUUCAGGAUUUUUCUCCUAA